AUGAGUACUACACACAUAUUCAGUUUUCUAUUUGAUUGUUUGUUUUGCUCUAUUUUGUUUGUAAAUAUUUCAUGUUUUUCUUUCUUGCUGCUAGUAAAAAAGCUAAGGUAAAAUACGAAACGAUUGCUUUAUUUGUCGGUCUAUUGCAAUACGAACCGUCUAUAAAAGUUUAUUCGUAUAGUAAGCGUUCAACUUAUAACGUGGUCGUAUAGUUGGUGCUUAACUUGACUUGAAAGCAUUAAAAGUGGUAGUAAAUAAAAUAAAAUAAAACAAAAAAUAAAAAAUAUAAAAAAAUUAUUGAGAUAAAUUGAAGUGCGAAAUAAACGGAUAUGUUAAAAUUAUUUAAACAAAAUAAAAAAGAUAAACCGCAAAAGGCGGAGAUAAUUAACGAUAACCAGCAACCGAAAAGAAAAUGCGGCAAAAUAUUAGUCCUGGAUAAUACACGUUGGGAGAGAAGACUACAAAAAGAAUUAAUGGGUUUAAUCAAGGAACCUCCACCCGGUGUUUCCGUAGAUACAGAAAGCAUAUCACAAAACUUGUCAGAAUGGAAAAUCAAUAUCGCCGGCUUCGAGGGUACAUUAUAUGAGGGCGAAAGUUUUCAAUUAUUAUUCAAAUUUAAUAACAAAUAUCCUUUCGAUUCACCGGAAGUAACUUUCAUUGGCAGCAACAUACCCGUACAUCCGCAUGUCUAUUCAAAUGGACAUAUCUGUCUAUCGAUACUUACGGAGGAUUGGUCGCCAGCGCUUUCAGUUCAAUCAGUUUGUUUGAGUAUAGCUUCUAUGCUAAGCAGCUGUAGGGAAAAGAAACGGCCACCCGAUAACACACUCUAUGUAAAGACUUGUAAUAAAAAUCCUAAAAAGACUAAAUGGUGGUAUCACGAUGAUAACGUCUAGUUAAACGAGUUUUAUAUGCUUUGUAUUUAUCGCGUUGGCCACUUUCUGUAUGUGUUGAAUGCGGGAUUACAACAACAAAAUGAAAAUGAAAAACAACAACAACAACAACAACAAACUGAUCAAGUUACUAUUAAGCCUACAUUAUUGACUGUGAGAGGUUUACGACGGCAUGUGAAAAAGUUGCUGUUUAAACUUAAAAAAUGGAGUUUGCGAAAAUUGUGUAAAAAUAAUAGAAAUUCAUUUUAAACCGAAAAAGAAAGAUCAACAAAAGAAAAACAAAACAAAAAUAAGAACCCCAACAGCAGCAAAUUUCUAAUUUAAGUCUCUUUAAUUAAUAAUAAGUGAUAGUUCUUAAAAGCAAGAGAAAAAAUCACUUAAAAACAAUUAUCAUAUAAGCAUGUAAUGCAUAAUCAAC